AUGUAUGUACUUCGCCUAGAACGAAAGACGUUUGAGUACUUCAACGGAUACGAGAUGUCUCUUAAGGACACGUUGGGAGGCAUUAUAGGGCAACUCAAUACAGAAAAUCUCAAGGAGAUAGAGAAUGGCGUCAAUGAAGUCGAUCAAUUGUUGCGCUCUCUAGCUUCAUCAAUACAAAAGCUGCAUACAUCAGGGUCCAUGGACUCUCGCCUAGCAAGUUUCGUGUCGCUACAAGAUAAUUUUCAAUACAACUUAAGCAGCGCACUCCUCUCAGCAUAUAGGGAUAUUUUACAGGCAUCCGAUUCGCCCCGAAUCGAGACAAUUCUUAAGAUUAACACUUGUCUUAUGGGUCUACUUUUGGUACAUCCAGAGUCUAGAAAUAUCUUUGGCAAAAAGGCAAAUAUGCUGGUUAUACUCGGUUUUCUAGACCCGGACAACGAGUGGUACCUGCUAGAGAUCUGUGCAUCUUUUGUAUCUCUACUAAUACAUAUCUUGCUUUUCAACCUACGAAACAUGCGUGUUUUCGAGGCAUGUGGUGGGUGUCUGACAAUAAUUCAUUUACUCCAAUAUUCACCGGCAGAAUCAAAAGAAUUAGAUACGCAGGCCGCUUUGCAGCAGAAUUUACAUUUCAAAGUCGUUGAAUUCUUGAUAUUCUAUAUGACAGACGAGAAGGAGUUUGGAGACAGCGGUGGUGUACCCAUGCGUUCAGUUGCUGAGAAGGCCUCUUUCAUCAAACCAGACUUUCCAGCAAUCGAGGAUUUAAUAGACACUUUGAAUGACUUAUCGACGACGAAAACCACUAUUUCAAGAGUUCAUGGAUAA